AUGUCGAACGAAGAGAAACAACAAGUUGAUGAAACAUUUGUAACACCAUGGAAUUUAGCUAUUUAUUAUCGACGAAUUUUUCCAUCGCAUAUAUAUUGUAAAUGGCUUGCUUAUGGAGAACCUGCUACAUGUUCACAAUUCGCUCAACGUGAAUUUAGUUUCACACUUGAAAAUGAUGUUUAUCGUCGUUAUCUAUCAUUUUCUAAUCAUAUGGAAUUUGAAAAAGAAUUAAUAAAAUUAUGUCCAGAAAAAAUUGAUAUUGGUGCUGUUUAUUCAGCUAAACCAAAAGAUCAUAAAAUGCUUUCUGUUGCACAAUUCUAUCCAAUUGAACGUGAACUUGUGUUCGAUAUUGAUAUGACAGACUAUGAUGAUGUUCGAUUUUGCUGCCGUGGGGCUGAUAUAUGCUCAAAAUGCUGGACAUUAAUGAGAUUUGCUAUGCAAAUCAUGGAUCGAGUACUACAUGAGGAUUUCGGAUUUGAACAUCGUCUGUGGAUUUAUUCUGGUCGACGUGGUGUUCAUUGCUGGGUUUGUGAUCAAACAGCACGAGAAUUACAAUCAAGCAUUCGACAAGCUAUUGUUGAACAUAUAACUAUUGUUACUGGUGGAAAAGAUUCAUCAAAACGUGUAACACUUUAUACUCCAUUACAUCCAUCGCUUCAACGAGCUCGUGAAAUAAUUUUAACUGAAUUUGAUGGAUACGCAUGUUUAAAACAAGAUUUCCUUGGAGAUGAUCAACGUAUCGAACGAUUUCUUCGACUUGUUCCUGAUGAUAAUAUCCUUUUUUCUUGA